AAAAAAAAAAAAAAUCACAUCAAUUAAACAAAUAUAGUCAAAAUAUGUCAACUGAAACCAAAUAUACAACAAAAAAUAGAAAAUAAAUCCAAAUAAAAGAUGAAAACUCAAAUAUUAUGACUACAGAUAUAUUAUUGCCCACCCAUAAAUUUUUCAUUUUAACCUUAAUACAACCAAAAUAGUAAAAGAAAAGUAAUAAACCCCUUUAUCCCCUUAUGAGUCAUCAUGACGAGUUGCAACAAAACCUUUAAUGGCGGGCAGCUUUGGGAGUAUCUGUUGUCCUCGGAGGUCUGCCAUCAUUCAGAACCUAAUUUUUUUUUUAAAUCCUAUUUUUAAAAUGUGAUUGGACAGGAGUGAAAUCCAAUCUCCAUCACCUAAUCUACCUUGUGUAUUCUCCAAAACCUAAAAAGGAGCUGAAGGCUGGAUUUGGAUUGGGGAUGCGUGUGCUCAAGGGGGUGUAUAAACAGACCCCUAGAACUCAUAUAGUGCAUGGAGGUUCCCACUCUUCUUGUGGUUUCCUCAGUCUUUUGUUUUGACUUCUGAUUUUGCCCGCCAAUACAAGAAUCAUGACUUUCUUCAGGCACUCAGGUCCCAGGAGCUACCUGACGUCCACCAUGACAGAGCGCUUCGACUGCUUCUACUGCCGCGACAACUUGCAUGGCAAGAAGUACGUUAGGAAGGACGACAAGCCUGUGUGCACCAAGUGCUUCGACAAAAUCUGCGCCAAUACCUGCGCCGAAUGCAGGAAACCUAUCGGCGCCGACUCUAAGGAGCUGCACCACAAGAGCCGCCACUGGCAUGAGGAUUGCUUCCGCUGCGCCAGGUGUUACAAGGCGCUAGCCAGCGAGCCCUUCUGCGCCCGCGACGACGGCAAGAUCAUGUGCGGCAAGUGCAACUCGUGCGCUGAUGGCAAUCGCUGCCAAGGCUGCUACAAGGUGGUCCUGCCAGGCUCCAAGAAUGUGGAGUACAAAAACAAGGUGUGGCACGAGGAGUGCUUCACCUGCUUCGAGUGCAAGCAGCCAAUCCGCACGCAGAGCUUUCUGACCAAGGGCGAUGACAUCUACUGCACUGCGUGCCACGAAAAGAAGUUUGCCAAGAAAUGCUUCCACUGCAAGCAGCCCAUCACAUCUGGAGGGAUAAGUUACCAGGAGCAGCCAUGGCACAGUGAGUGUUUUGUUUGCCGCACCUGCCGCAAGCAGCUGAGCGGCUCUCGCUUCACGGCCCACGAGAAUGCCUUUUACUGCGUGGACUGCUACCGCAGCGACGUGGCCAAGAAGUGCCAUGGGUGCAAAAACCCCAUCACAGGGUUCGGCCACGGUACCAAUGUGGUCCACUAUGAGGGCUUCUCCUGGCAUGAGUAUUGCUUCAACUGCAAGAAGUGCUGCCUGUCCCUGGCCAACAAGCGCUUUGUCAUCACCGGCGAUCACAUCUACUGCCCCAACUGCGCUAAGCUGUGAGAUCGCUUUUAAAGUGUCAUUACAACCCUCUGUAAAAAGUAAUUAAAAGUCACAUCAGAGGGUAGAAAACAGCUAAGAAACCACAUAUUAACAUAACAUGCAAAGUACAUUUUAUAUGAGGUAACUUCAACGUGUUCUUCAUAUCUGCUUAACAUGCUAUAAGCUUUUUGUUUUUUGAUUUGUUUUGGGUGAGUGAUUACAAAUUGUAGUGCUUCAAGCUGAAAUUUAAGCAGCCAAUGUAUUCAAACUUUGGAAGUGAAGAAAUGCAUGAGAAAGAAUAAAGAUGGUGGCAAUCUCAA